CCUUGUAAACGCAACCAAAGAUGCUUCCCGAAGAAGGAGUAGCGUAGAGGAAGAGUGCGAAAGAAAGAUCGUUCUCGAUGACAGAGGGGAACGGUGACAAAACUCUGCGAAAGAUCGCAGACGCAUUCAAUGACCUUGCAAACGUUUUCACCGAUUCUCAGAGCGCAGAAACAGAGGUCAAGGUUGCUCCCUUCUCUCAUGCCUGCUCUCUCGUCUCCCCUCUCUUCGGUUGCUUGGGCGUCGCCUUCAAGUUCGCCGAAAUGGAUUACGUCGCCAAGGUUCAUGAUCUGGCAGAGGCGUCCAAGUCUAUUCAGAAUCUGCAGUCUCUGAUUGAGCUGGAUGUGCAAGCUAACACUGUUAGGAAAGGAGGUAGCCAUACGCGGAAUCUGCUCAGAGUGAAGCGCGGACUUGACAUGGUCAGAGUGCUCUUUGAGCAGAUUCUAGUUACAGAGGGUAAUUCCCUUAGGGAUCCAGCUUCCAAAGCUUACGAACAGGUGUUUGCACCUCACCAUGGCUGGGCGAUCAGGAAGGCUGUUUCUGCGGGAAUGUAUGCCCUUCCUACAAAGGAACAGCUUCUGAAGAAACUCAAUGAGGAUGAGGCAUCGGCAAAAGACCACAUGCAAAGUUAUGUCACUGCUUCCGCACCUCUAAUCCAAUACAUUGACAAACUCUUUGUUUCUAGAGACUUGGGAAUAGAUUGGUGAAACCUUGGGUUGUAUUUCAGAUUGUACAAUGUAAUUUGCUAUUAUUAAAUUUAUAUGACAUAAUUGAUGCAUUUAUAAUUAAGAAGUAUUCAUUUGUUAUAGAAUUUGCUUAUAUUGCAAUAGAUGUUAGUGCUAAUUUACAGGCUAUUGAGAUGCUAUGUGCAAUGUGUUACUGAAUGGUAAUGAUGGGUUAAGAGUAA